UAAAGAAAAGUGCGGGUUUUUGGCAUAUGUUUUUGCGAGAAAUAUAUGGAAAUAUAAAACUAAUUAUUUAAUCAAAUGGAAGUUAAACAAGAAGUUUGUGAAGAAACAUGUAAAAUAGAAAUAGAUAGUGAUAUGAAUGAUGCUCUUCUGGAUGGUAUUAAAAUUGAAUUUAAGCAGGAACCCAAAAUAGAAACUACACAUGAUGAUACAUUUGAGGUUGCAGACGCAGAUUUAAAGAAAAUUCCCAUAAAGACUGAAAUAGGACAAGAUGAACAUGAACUGAUGUCAUUGGAAGAAAGACAAACAAAUAAAAUAGAAUUUCCACAAGAGACGCACACAUUGGAAAUUAGGAAAACGAUACAUGUACAUUCAAGUCACACUGGAGAAAAACCUUACAAGUGCGAAAUUUGUUUUGGGCAAUUUUCUCAUGCAAGUUCUUUGAAACUGCAUAUGAGAUUGCACACUGGAGAAAAACCUUAUAAGUGCCAAAUUUGUUUUAAGUCGUUUACUCAGAAAAUUAAUUUAGAUCAACAUAUAAAAGUUCAUACUGGAGAAAAACCAUAUAAGUGCCAAAUUUGUUUUAAGUCAUUUACUCAGAAAACUAAUUUAAAACAUCAUAUAAAAGUUCAUACUGGAGAAAAACCUCAAAAGUGUGAAAUUUGUUUAAAGCAGUUUGCUCGAGAAAGUUAUUUGGAAAGGCAUUUGAGAGUGCACACUGGAGAAAAACCUUACAAGUGCGAAAUUUGUAAUAAAUCGUUUGGUGUAGCAUUUUAUUUGAAACAGCAUAUGAGAUCGCAUACCGGAGAAAAACCUUAUAAGUGCCAAAUUUGUUUUAAGUCGUUUACUCAGAAAAUUUAUUUAGUUCAACAUAUAAAAGUUCAUACUGGAGAAAAACCAUAUAAGUGCCAAAUUUGUUUUAAGUCAUUUACUCAUAAAAAUCGUUUAAAUGAUCAUAUAAAAGUUCAUACUGGAGAAAAUCCAUACAAGUGCGAAAUUUGUGAUAAACAAUUUGUUCGUAAAGAUGUUUUAAAUGAACAUGUAAGAGUUCAUACUGGAGAAAAACCUCAUAAGUGUGAAAUUUGUUUUGGGCAAUUUACUCGUGUAAGUUCUUUGAAACAGCAUAUUAUGAGAUUGCACACCGGAGAAAAACCAUAUAAGUGCCAAAUUUGUUUUAAGUCGUUUGCUCAGAAAAUUCAUUUAAAUCAACAUAUAAAAGUUCAUACUAGUGAAAAACCUUAUAAGUGUGAAAUUUGUGAUAAACAGUUUCGUGUACCUUAUCAUUUGAAACAACACAUGAUAACACACGCUAGGGAAAAACCUUACAUGUGCGAAAUUUGUGAAAAACAGUUUGGUGUAGCAUUUUAUUUGAAACAGCAUAUGAGAUCGCACACCGUAGAAAAACCUUAUAAGUGCCAAAUUUGUUUUAAGUCGUUUAUUCAGAAAUUUCAUUUAAAUCAACAUAUAAAAAUUCAUACUGGAGAAAAGCCCUACAAGUGCAAAAUUUGUGAUAAACAGUUUCGUGUACCUUAUCAUUUGAAACAACACAUUAUAACACACACUGGGGAAAAACCUUAUAAGUGUGAAAUUUGUUUUAAACAGUUUACUAAGAAAUAUUCUUUGAAUAGGCAUACAAAAGUCCACACGGUAGAAAAGCCUUGCAAGUGAGAAAUUUGUGAUAAUCAGUUAGGUGUAACAUUUCGUUUGAACAUAUUUGAACGCAUAUUGGAGAAAAAUCUUAUUCUACAUUCACAAUCAAGAUGCAGUAGAAGUAAACAAACCGAGACGCGUUAACUGUUACAAGGAGCACUCCUGAAUCAUGAUUUACAAUUUAUAAAAUUUGUAAAUCAUCAUAUGUGAUAUUGUUUUGUUAAUCCGGACCUGGAUUUUUAUUGUGAUUUGUAAGUGGGUCAUUCGAAUGUCGUAAAUAAGUAUUGAUUAUUUUUAAAAUGGGUAUUUAUUUAAUAACUUUAAUAAUUUAUUGUUAAAAGUGCUUUAAAAAUCGGCUUUUUAACUUCAGUGUUCUUAAAAUUAUCAAUAUAUUUAAUUUCAAAAUUAAAGCCAUUAAAUUUCCUUCACGAAAAAUUAAAUCAAACCGAUAAACUCAGAUUUUUGUGCUCUUCUCAAAUAUGCAAACAAAUCUUGAAAAUUUCAAUAUACAGGGUGUUGUUUCAAGAUCACAAUUACUUUAUUGUUUUUGUUAAUCCGGACCUGGAUUUUUCUUGUGAUUAAUAAUUGGGUCUUUCCAAUGUGGUAAAUAAAUAUUGAUUCAUUUUAAAAUGAGUAUUUAUUCAAUAAAUUUAAUAAUUUAUAAUUAAAAGUUAAUAAUACCUGCUUUUUAAUGUGGAAAUCUUAAAAAAAUUCAAUAUAAUUUCAAAAUUAAAGUCAAAAAAUUGUCUGGCCGAAAAAUCGAAGCGAACUAUUAAACUUAGUUUUUUGUGCUCUUUUCAAAUAUGCAAACAGAUUUUCAAAAUUUCAAUAUACAGGGUGUUGUUUUAAGGUCACAAUUAUUUUACAAUUUUUUGUUAAUACGGACCUGGAUUUUUCUUGUGAUUAGUAUGUCGGUCGUUUGGGUUUUGAAUGAGAGAUAUGUGUACCAAAUAUUAAAAAAAUAUACAGGGUGGUUCUAAAGUUAUGGCUUAGGAAAGAAAUGAGCAAAAUCGAUAAAACACCCUGUAACUCGGAUAUAAAAGUCGGUAGGGCAAAAAAUGUAGUAUACCUAGAACCGCCUUGGUGACCUCUAUUCACCAUUAAAGUAUUUCCGUUUCCCAAUGAAACACCCUGUAUAAUUAACAAAAAUUUCAAAAUAAAGUUAGUUCUUCAAUGUCUAUUUUACAUAUUUUUUUUCUGUACCCUUUUAAAAUAAUGUGCUUUAAUUAUUUCCCUAUCAAACAAACUCCUUCACUGGUUCUGCUGUACAAACUAAAACUGCAGACAGUUCCCUAUCAAAACAAACUCCUCUGGUCCUGCUCACAAAAACCAAACUCUAGACAAAAACUUCUAAUCAACGUUUACUGCUCCUGUUGGGCCAAAAUGCUCCUCAUCUAUGCUUCACUCCAAUAAUAGUAAAUGACUUCUACUUACAAAUACUGCCAACUUUUUCACACUGCAACUCACAGCUUUCAACACUUUUAAUUUCACUACUUGUUACCACAAUACAAAUUUCUUUCACCGUUUUAAAAAAAAUUAGACUAUCGGCAUUUUCUCUUCGAUUCGGUGUUACGCCUCUUAAAGUCAAACAGCAGAUGAUCUCUCCGUCGCUUCAAACAUCAUUUUUCGUCUCCAUCCCUUCCAUCAUUUUUUUUUAACCAAUUGACUCAUUCUUUCUUUUUAACAUUCAAAACAAAUUCCUAAAUUCUCAAAAUUCAACUAGAUACUUUUUUUCUUUUCAUAUUUAUUUACCAAUGCUGCAACAAACAAAAGACCUUAAACUUUCUCCUAAUACGACUUAAUGACUUGUUUCGUGGUAAGGUAAAUUAAUCCUUGAAAACGGUAGGUUUAUAAUGCAACAUAUUAUUUGCCUUAACUAUUCUUACAUCUAGUGGUUUACAUAAUUAGGAAAACCCCUUUCAAAAAAUAAAUCUAAAGUCUCUUUUACACUGCACCGAAAUAUAAUUUCUAAAGUCUCUUUUACACUGCACCAACACAAUAAAUUUAAACUGUAAGUCUACAUAUAAUAUAAGAGUAAAAUAAUUUUACAAAUUUCUUUUCUUCCUUUUCUCUGUUCAUUUUUUUUAUAUACCAUUUCCAAUCAUAAUAACUUCCCCACCUUUGAUUUUGUAUACAAAUUUUUCUUUUUCUCUAGAAACAAGAAAUAAUUUUAUUUAAAAUCAAACUAUAUUAUUCAUUAAUUUUCCCCACCAAUGUAUAUACGCAACGAAAUAAAAAAAAUGAACUUAUGCUUGCUCUAUUCAUGACUUUUCCGAUCAUGUUCGAUUCCUGUUUUCAUGUUUCCUUUAGUUUGAUGAAUUCGUGUGGGUGUUUAACUCUUUUCUUCGUGAUCUGUUGAUUCCACAUCUGUAAUAGUCCUCCCCGUAAAAUUGGUGUUGUCCAUUCCUGUUAUUUUCAUGAUAAUUGUCAUCCUUGAAAACUUGGUAUUGUCCAUUCCUAUUAUUUUCAUGAUAAUAGUCAUCCCUGUAAACUUGGUGUUGUCCAUUCCCAUUGUUUUCAUAAUAAAUAUCCCUAUUCCUUUCAUUUCCUGCAGCUCGGUCUAUUUGUCUAUGAUUAAAAGUGUUACCAUUUCGAUUUUGUCUAUGGUUUUCAGGAUUGUCCUGGAGCCUAUGAUUUCCAAAAUUAUUAUCAAAUUUAUCUUGUGGUCUAUUGAAAUGGUCGUUAUUUCGAAAUCUAUUCGCAGGUUGUGUUGUUCGAUUCCUGUCGUGAAUUCUCCGCUCCUUUCUUUCUUUUCUACGUGCUUCCCGCACCUGUAAAAAUUGUCACAGGCUGUCUAUAUCACGAUAGUUUUGUAGCGUCACAUAAUCUUCCAUGGUUUCAUCAAAAUGACGCGCUAUCAAUUCCACCAAUUGUUCUUGUGAAUAAUUAUAUUCUAGAUGUUGUGCAUUGUUAUAAAUUUGUAGAGCAUGCCUCUCUUCUGAUAUUCCUUUCCUUUCAUCGA